UUAAAUGUUCAAUUUUUUUUCCAGGUUUCAAAUUUCCACUUCUUUUUUUCAGUUACAACAUCUAUAUUUCAAGUUUUCAAUCUGUUUUUUCGUUCACUUUAAGCUGAUCCUGAUUUGACCCCAUAAUUUGACCCCAUAUGGAUGCUCGUACCUGAGUUCUCCGAGGACCUCCAGUCGCAGGGGAGGAACGGCAGUCGUUUUUAAAGACACUUUUUGUAUAUUAGAGGUGUUAUGCUCUUUGUGUCCAAUGGGUGUCGCUGUAGCUUUAUGUGUGUGGUGAUUCCGUGUUGUACAAGGCAGCAGAAUAAACAUGGUAGACUGAAAACUGGACUCCGUGCACGUCGAAUAUAACAUGGUGUCAGAAGAAAACUAGAAAAGAAAAAGAAAGAAAAAAUGGAGGAGUUGAAACCACCAACUGCAUUAAGUCUAGAGGGAAUCUAGAGGAAAAUUGGAUCCAGAGAUUUGAACUUUUCCUUAUUGCAAGCGGAAUCAGUGAAAAGUCCGACGCCGUGAAAAGAGCCACAUUCCUGCACGUGGUUGGGGACAAAGCAAUUAAGGUGCAGGCUUGUGUCAUCCUCUCUCCUAAAGAUGGAAGACUCUGUGGUGAAGCGGGUGGUUGAUGACAUCAUUCACUCUCCAGAGGACAGCCGGCUCUACAGAGGCCUGGAGUUCACCAACGGUCUGAAGGCCGUCCUGAUCAGUGACCCCUCUACCGACAAAUCAGCGGCGGCUUUGGACGUACACAUCGGUUCCCUCUCAGACCCGGACAGCGUCCCGGGCCUGGCCCACUUCUGUGAACACAUGCUGUUCCUGGGAACGGAGAAGUAUCCCAAGGAGAACGAGUACAGCCAGUUCCUGAACCAGCACGGAGGGAGUGACAACGCCUUCACCAGUUCAGACCACACCAACUACUUCUUUGAUGUAUCCCAUGAGCACUUGCAUGGAGCUCUUGACAGGUUUGCCCCGUUCUUCCUGUGUCCUCUGUUUGAUGUGAGCUGUAAGGACCGAGAGUUGAAUGCUGUGGACUCAGAGUAUCAAAAGAACCUGAUGAAUGAUGACCGCAGGCUUUUUCAGCUGGAGAAGACCACAUGUGACCCGAACCACCCCUUCAGAAAAUUCAGAACAGGAAACAAGCUGACUCUUGAGACCAGACCAGCUGAAGAAGGCAUUGAUGUCCGCCAGGAGCUGCUGAAGUUCCACUCUACAUAUUACUCUGCUAACCUGAUGGGACUCUGUGUGUUAGGACGAGAGUCGCUCGAUGAGCUGACAUCAAUGGUGGUGAAGCUGUUUGGAGAAGUAGAGAACAAGAAUGUUCCUGUCCCAGAGUUCCCUGAGCAUCCCUUCCAGGAGGAGCAGCUGAAGCAAAUCUACAAAGUAGUUCCUGUCAAAGAUGUCCGGAAGUUAUACGUGACCUUUCCUAUUCCGGACCUUUAUGAAUAUUACAAAUCGAAGCCUGGACAGUAUCUGGGUCAUCUGAUUGGUCAUGAAGGACCCGGGAGUUUGUUUGCAGAGCUGAAAGCUAAAGGUUGGGUGGAUGAGCUGCUUGCAGGUCAGAAAGAAGACGUGAGAGGAUUUAUGUUCUUUAGAGUCAAGAUGAAUCUGACUGAAGACGGCUUUUUGCACGUGGACGACAUCAUCCUCUACCUCUUCCAGUACAUCCACAAACUGCAUAGCGAGGGCCCUCAGGAAUGGAUCUUUGAAGAGUACAAGGACAUGAAGAAAGUGGCCUUCAGGUUCAGCGAUAAAGAGCGACCCCGCGACUACACGUCUAAAGUGGCAGGUUUACUGCAUUACUAUCCUAUUGAAGAAGUUCUCUCAGGAAAGUUCAUCAUGGAUCAGUUCAGGCCAGAUCUCAUCCAGAUGGUGCUCCAAAGGCUCAGACCCGACAAUGUCAGAGUGACAGUGGUGUCAAAGUCGUUUGAAGAGCAAACGGACAGGACAGAGGAGUGGUACGGCACACAGUACAAGCAGGAGGCCAUCUCUGAUGAAGUCAUCCAGAGAUGGUCUAAUCCAGGCCUAAACCCUAACUUCAAGCUGCCCAUGAAAAACGAGUUCAUCCCCUCCAACUUUGACCUUUGCCCUUUGGAGGAUGACGCUUCUUCAGUUCCCGCUUUAAUCAAAAACACGGACAUGAGCAGGGUGUGGUUCAAGCAGGAUGACAAGUUCUUUCUGCCCAAGUUGUGCCAGAACUUUGCUUUUUUUAGUCGCCACCUUUACACAGAUCCUCUGCACUGGAACCUGACAGACAUGCUGGUCAGAUUGUUGAAGGAUGACCUAAAUGAAUAUACAUAUGCAGCUGAACUUGCUGGCUUGAUGUAUGAUAUAUCCCCACAGAGGAACGCCAUCGUCCUGAGUGUCAGAGGAUACAAUGACAAGCAGCACGUCCUCCUGCAGAAGAUCAUUGAAAAGCUGGUCUCCUUCCAGAUCAGUCAGACACGCUUUGACAUCAUCAAGGAUGAAUACUCAAGACACUUGAACAACUUCCGAGCUGAGCGGCCAAUCACACACGCCGCCUUUAACGUGCGUCUGCUGAUGACUGAGCUGGCCUGGACCAAAGAAGAACUGAUAGAAGCUCUGGAUGAUGUGACUCUCCCACGCCUGCAGGCCUUCAGAGCUCUGCUGUUGUCACGGUUACACAUUGAAGCUCUCAUCCACGGCAACAUCACUAAGGAGUCUGCUCUGAGCAUGAUUCACCUGGUGGAGGACACGCUGACUGAGCAUGCUCAUACUAAGCCCCUCCCUCCCAACCAGCUGAUCUUCUUUAGGGAGGUUCAAAUGCCAGACAGUAGCUGGUUUGUUUACCAGCGCAGGAAUGAGGUCCAUAAGGAUUGCAGCAUUGAAAUCUACUACCAGACAGACAUGCAGACCACCCACAGCAACAUGCUGCUGGAGCUCUUCUGCCAGAUCAUCCGUGAGCCGUGUUACAACACCCUCAGAACCAAAGAGCAGCUGGGUUACAGUGUGUCCAGUGGGGCUCGGCGGGCUGACGGCGUGCAGGGCCUUCGCUUUAGCAUCCAGUCAAAGCGGCCCCCCCACUACCUGGAGAGCCGCGUGGAGGCGUUCCUCCUCUCCAUGGAGACGGCUCUGGAGGAGAUGAAUGAGGAGGUCUUCCAGAAGCACAUCCAGGCUCUGGCUGUCCGCCGUCUGGACAAGCCCAAGAAGCUGUCUGCUGAGUGUGCCAAGUACUGGGCUGAGGUCACCUCCAGGCAGUAUCACUUUGACAGAGACAACAUUGAAGUGAAGCAUCUGAAGACUCUGAGGAAAGACCACGUCAUGGAUUUCUUCAGAGAGCAGCUGACAGCCAGGAGUCCCAAACGACGCAAACUUUCAGUGCACAUCUUGUCCAGAGAGAUGGACUCGUGUCCAGCAGUGGGGGAGAGUUUGCAGCAGACUGUCGUCAGCCUGGCGGAUGCUCCGUCACUGCCACAGCCUGUGGUGAUUCAGGACAUGGCAGAGUUCAAGAGGAGAAUGCCUCUGUUCCCUCUGGUCCAGUCUAACGGGGACGUGGUUGCUGAGCUGUGAGUGUGGGAUGCUGCCACGCCAGGAAGAAGCGCGUCUGUCUGACGCCGAUUCAGUGCAUUUGGAUGCAAAGCAGACAGAAAUGCUGCCUCUUUACGUGAUACCAUUUUACCAGAAUCGUCUGCUGUAGAGCAGAUCCUUGAAGAGUGAAAAUGUGUUGGCUUUUUUUUCCAUUUUACUUUCCAAUCUGAGAGCAGGCUGCUCCUGCUGCACUCUCUCUGGAAGUCACAGGAAAUGAACUCAAACUGGAACACCUCAUGUUCACAGGUUUACCACCUAUCUUGUUUUAAUAUACGUGUGUCUACAAAGUAGUACACUAUUUGAAUCAUUUAUAUUUUUGAAUAAAAGUCUGCCUCUAAUCUAUAUCUACUCAGUUUAAAUGGAAAUAAAGCUUCAACUUUAAAAGUU